UUUUGGCACAAGAGUUUUUAGGACAUGAUGAAAUCUAUAAGAUUUGAGAAAAAUGUCUAGAUUAAAGGUUAUGAUGUUAGAAAACGUACAUCUACUGUAUCUUUCAACAAGGAGUACUUUUUGUUGGAUAGAGCAUGAGCAAGAGUGUCACUCUGCAGAAACUCAAUGGAAUGCAGCAAAACACUUAACUAUUCAGCGGUGCAGCAGCGGUUUCUAAUAAGAGCAAUGGGCAACAGUCCAAGGCAGCAUCUUGUCAUUGGACUGUAAAGGCAUUCGACUAUUUCAUUACAGACAACUGGUGGCAUCAUUCAUUCGGCCCAGCAAUAUUGUAGUCCACAUUUUGGCAGCAGUGCCACCUACGGCCACUAGGGAAACCCGGAACAGUCAGAGAACAGGAAACAGCGGCUGCAAGGACGCAGUUGAGUUGUUGUUGUUUUCUGCACCUAUCUGCAUUAUCAUGCAGCCUCACAAUAACACCGCUGCAUGGAUGGAGUGAGUAACAAAAAUGUUCAUUUGUUAUCAGCUGUGUGAGGGAGAGUGAGCGGCGGGGAACAGAGGACAGCCUCACAGUCUCGUGGUAACAGCAGGACCGCGGACCACUUGGCCGAGAGAUCGAUUCCUCUUGUGCCGAGCCCCACAGGAAGGGUGAGCGGCCCGUGUUCUGCCACGCAGGGGGAGCCAGAGUAUCCAGAGGGGACACAGAGAGUGUGAGAGGACAAAAAGAAGAUUAUCCACGGCCAGAUUUAGAGCUGUCAGCGCCUCACUCUGAGAAGACAGGUGCAGACUCCCAGGCAACAACGUUCACACAGUACAGGUGAAGUUUCCUUCCAUCAUGCCACCCUCUCAGCAGCAGCAGCAGCACAGGGCUACUCUGCCCUCAACAGCCUGGCUCCUGGCUCUGGCUCUUUUCCUUGCUCUCCAGGGUGCUACUCAUGCUGCUCCAUCAGUGGAUGGGAAGCUGGUUCGUACAACUCGUGUGAGGAGACAGACCCUGGGCAGGGAUCAGCCUGCUCCGUCCACCAACAUGACACUGAGUGAUCAAUCGGUGGUCUUUAACCAUGUCUACAACAUUAAUGUCCCUGCUGAAUCUCUGUGUUCUGUAGACCUGGAGGCAUCAGACCCGCCUGACGGUCCAAAUGCUGAGCUGGGGUCACGACCUCCUGCAGAGGGUCAAGUGGAUCAAACUGAAGCAACAGAAUACACUGAACAGACUCUGGACGCGGACAGCCAGGUCACGUUUACUCACCGCAUCAACAUCCCCAAAGCUGCAUGUGGUUGUGCAGCAACAGCCACAAUCCAGCAACUCGCCACCAGGGUGGAGAUGCUGGAGAGGGAGGUGUCCAUGCUCAGAGCUCAGUGUGGCUCUGGAUGCUGUGGUGAGAGCUCAGCCAUGGGUCGUUUGGAUUUUGUCCCAGGCUGCAGCGGUCAUGGCAGCUUCAGCUUUGACCUCUGCGGCUGCAUCUGUGAAGAGGGAUGGGGCGGCAAAAAUUGCUCUGAGCCACGCUGCCCGGACGACUGCUCAGGGCAGGGGGUGUGUGUGGAAGGGGAGUGCGUGUGCGACCGUGACUUUGGCGGAGACAACUGCUCGGAACCACGGUGCCCUUCAGACUGCUCGGGUCGGGGCCUGUGCAUCGACGGCGAGUGUGUGUGUGAGGAGUCCUUCACCGGUGAGGACUGCAUGGUCGGCAGGUGUCUGAACGAUUGCUCGGACCAGGGACUCUGCAUCAACGGCACGUGCCAGUGUCGGCCCGGGUACGUGGGGGAAGACUGCUCGCUGCUCUACUGUGCCAACAACUGCAGCAACAAAGGAGUCUGCAAAGAAGGUUUCUGCAACUGCCAGGCUGCCUACGCCGGAGACGACUGCAACUCGGUGGCACCUGUAAUGAACUUAAAAGUGCGAGGUGUGACUGACCGCACUGUUGAUCUGGAGUGGCAGGGGUCACCGAUGCUGACAGACUUCUUGGUCACCUACGUUCCAAGCAGCCCUGGAGGAGUGCAACUGGAGUUGAGGAUUCCAGGGAAUACCACCACAUGCACCAUCUCUGAUCUGGAGGCAGGCCUGGAAUACAACAUAAAUGUGUUUGCUGUCAUUAACAACAGCAUCAGUGUCCCUGACAGCAUCACUGUUUGGACAUAUCUCUCUAAUCCGGAUGGUUUAGUCUUCAAAUCCAUCACCGAGACGUCGGUCGAGGUCCACUGGCAACCUUUCUACUAUUCCUUCGAUGGAUGGGAGAUCAGCUUCAUUCCUAAGGACAAUGAUGGAGGAAUGACUGCACAGCUGCCCAGCACCAUCACUUCAUAUGUGCAGACGGGUCUGAGACCAGGAGAAGAGUACACAGUUAACCUGGUGGCACUGAGGGAUCAGGGUCGAAGUCAGCCAGUAACAGCAACCGUCACAACCUUGAUUGAUGGCCCCACUCAGCUGAUCGUACGGGACGUGUCAGACACCGUGGCAUUUGUGGAGUGGACGCCGCCAAAGGCAAAGAUCGAUCAGAUUGUGCUGCGUUAUGGCCUUGUGGGAGGUGAGGGGCCACGGACCACCUUCCGCCUCCAGCCUACACUCAGCCAGUACACACUCCAGGUUCUGCGUCCUGGAGCCAGUUACGAGGUUUCUGUUAAAGGUUUGAGGAAAGGAAACGAGAGCGGAUCCAUUUCCACAGAGUUUACCACCGAAAUUGAUGCCCCAAAGAACCUGCGACUCGUGUCCAAGACCUCCACCACACUGGAGCUGGAGUGGGACAACAGUGAGGCAGAGGUGGAAUCCUACAACGUGGUGUACAGCACCUUGGCUGGAGAUCAGUACGAUAAAGUGAUUGUUCCGAGAAAUGAGGGAGCCACCACGAAAACUGCUCUCACAGACCUACUUCCAGGCACAGAGUAUGGCAUCGGCAUCUCCGCCACAAAAGGAAACAACCAGAGUACACCAGCAACGAUGAACGCCAGGACCAGCCUGGACGUGCCCAUUGAUUUAACAGUGACAGCCUCCACUGACAACACCAUCACUCUGUCCUGGGGUGUGGUCCAGGGCCCCAUCGACCACUACAAGGUCACGUACACGUCCUCCAGCGGCAUCACUUCCGAGCUGACAGUGCCUAAAGAUGUUACCACCACCACCAUCUCAGACCUUGAGCCCGGAACAGAAUACACCAUCACCGUGGCGGCGAGAAGAGGAAGACAGCAGAGCACCACAGCCACCAUAGACGCCUUCACAGGGAUCAGACCAGUAACCCACCUCUACUUGUCAGAAGUGACUUCAGACUCAGUGUCGGUGGCGUGGAGCGCCCCGGCGCCGCCCGCCGACCUCUUCAUCCUCAGCUUCAGCUCUGCCGAUGGGACAGACAGCUCUAAGCUGACUCUGGAAGGAGCCAAGACAAGGUUGAUGGUUGAAGGACUGCUGCCCUCCACACAGUACACCAUCAGUCUAAUCACUAUUCAGGGGGACAUCACCUCGGAGCCGAUAACUGCAUCUCUCACUACAGGUAUCGAUCCACCAAAAGAGGUGACGGUGUCAGAUGUGACAGAAGAUGCAAUGACAAUUUCCUGGAUCAAACCUCUGGCUUCGUUUGACUACUACAAGCUGUCCUACCAGUCAGCAAAAGGUCGUGUGGACAGUGUGGUGAUUGACAAUGAUGUGACCAACUACAACCUGUCCAGUCUGUUCCCUGCUACGGAGUACGAGAUCAGUAUCAACGCUGUCAGGGGAAGUCAGGAGAGCAGAGUGGUCAGCACCUCUGUUUUUACAGCCAUGGACAUGCCAGCUGAGCUGACAGCUCUGAACAUCACUCCACAAGGAGCUCUGCUGAGAUGGACCGCCCCUCUGUCCAGUGUUGACAACUAUGUGCUGACCCUCACACACAACCAGAUCACAGCUGACACCAUCCUCGUGGAAGGCAAUAGGCAGGAGCACCAGCUGUCCAACCUCAAGCCCAGCACCGUCUACUCCGUCGCCCUCUACGCCACCAAAGGACCGCUCACCAGUGGAACGGUCAUCACUAACCUUCAAACACCCAUGGACGCACCUCUGAACCUCACCGCCAGUGAAGUGAAUCACCGCAGCGCUCUCCUCUCCUGGCAACCACCUAUCGCCGAAAUUGACAACUACAUGCUCACCCUCAGAAGCGAUGGCAACCAUAAAGACCUGAUUCUAGAUUCAGAGGACACAUGGAUCCGACUGGAAGGACUGGCUGAGACCACGGAGUACACAGUAAAACUGCAGGCAGCGAGAGAACUUGACAGCAGCCCUGUGGUCUCCACCACCUUUACUACAGGGAGUCGACUAUUUGCAACACCUCAAAAUUGCGCCCAGCACCUGCUGAAUGGAGAGACGCUGAGUGGUGUCUACACGAUUUACAUCAACAGAGACCCCAGCCAGGGAGUGCAGGUGUACUGUGAUAUGAACACUGACGACGGAGGCUGGAUCGUGUUCCAGCGUCGACAGAACGGCCUGACGGACUUUUCCAGGAAGUGGAGCGACUACCGGCUCGGCUUUGGAAGCUUGGAGGACGAGUUCUGGCUCGGUCUGGACAACAUCCAGAGGAUUUCUGCUCAGGGACGCUAUGAGCUGAGGAUCGACAUGAAGGACGGACAGGAGUCAGUUUACGCCAACUAUGACAAAUUCUCCAUCGGGGAUGCUAAAAAUCUGUACAAGCUCAGGAUAGGAGAGUACAACGGAACCGCUGGUGAUUCUCUGAGCUACCACCAGGGGCGACCUUUCUCCACCAAAGACAGAGAUAAUGACAUCGCUGUCACUAACUGUGCCUUGUCUUACAAAGGAGCUUGGUGGUACAAGAACUGCCACCGAGCCAACCUCAACGGGAAGUACGGAGAAUCCAGACACAGCCAGGGCAUCAACUGGUACCACUGGAAAGGCCACGAGUUCUCCAUCCCCUUUGUGGAGAUGAAGAUGAGGCCAUUCAACUACCGCAGCAUCAGCAGCAAGAGGAGGCGGUCUGCUCCUCCACUGUUUUUAGCCAUCCUCGUGCUGAAGGUUGGGGGCGCCCCACUGCAUGUCGACUCAAAUGCAUUCUAGAGUCUAAUAGAGCGGUGGCUGGAGCUGAUGUUAGCUCUUUCAUGGAUUGUUCAAGUCUCUUUUCAGCCAAUCGCAGCCGACAUCAGACUGGUGUUAACCCUUUACAGGGCCUCAACACUCGGACUCAAACCUAUCAACAUCCUGGAC